AGUAGAGAAAUAGAUGGGAGGGUCAGGCCGCUGCCUCUCAGUUUCAAACACACAGUGCAUUUCAACCCUGUGCAUGGGCAUUAACUGAACGGUGAAAUUAGGGUUUGUUUGCGGACUCUUCCCGUUUUAGACGGGUCAUGCUGUCUUCGCGAAGGUAAUGAGCCGCAAAACCCUCGGGUCUCGGCUGAGCAGCGCCCACAAACUGCAGCGAAACUGGAAUGACUGGCAGCCCAGAGGCGACAGUCUGUCAGCCAGCCAGGACGGUGUGAAGAGCAGUGUCUCUAGAGACCGCGGUUCAGAAGUUCUUUUCGAUAUUCUGCCCUCUGACCAGCCUGGCACUCCACCACUGCACAAUGAUGCCUUCACUGCUGCAGAUGUACUCGAAGAAGGAGGUGGAUAUGAUGCUGAUGGAGGCCUCUCUGAAAAUACUUAUGGUCGGAAGUCGCUGGGGCAAGAGUUGAGAACCAAUGAUGUGACUACUGAUAUAACCACUUUUCAGCAUGGAAACCGUGCUUUAGCUGCAAAGGACAUGAGGAAAUCACAGGACCGACCGUUGGCUCACUCUGAGGAAUCUCGUCUGGUCAAUCUUCUGCGGAGAGCAUCACGGGAAGAUGACCGGGAACGCAGACUGGCCACUGUAAAACAAAUGAGGGAGUUCAUUGUGCACUCUGAAAAUAAAGUGGUCCUAGUGAAACAGUUGGAUUCCAUUUUGAGCACCCUGAAUGACAUUUUGAACGAGAGUAGUAAGCUUCUGCAGGAGCUUAGGCAGGAGGCCGCGUGCUGCCUGGGAGUGCUCUGUGCCACCCUCAGUUAUGAAGCCGAGAGGAUCUUUAAGUGGAUGUUCCUCAAGCUCAGUGUGUCCACAAAGGAUGAGGUGAAGCAUCUGUACCUGGUGGCAGUGCACAAGGCACUUGAAACAGCAGGGGAGAAGGCUUUUUCGACUGUAAUGCAGUUGGUGAUGAGCAGCCUUCAGUCUAUAUUAGAGAACUUGGACACACCAGAGCUGUUGUGCCAAAGUGUGAAAUGUAUUUUGCUGGUGGCCCGUUGUUAUCCACACAUAUUCAGCACCAAUUUCAGAGACACAGUGGAUAUCUUAGUAGGUUGGCAUAUAGACCACACACAGAAACAGUCUCUUACUCAACAAGUGUCUGGCUGGUUACAGAGUCUGGAGCAGUUUUGGGUGGCAGAUUUAAGCUUUUCAACUACAUUAUUGGGUCAAUUUUUGGAAGAUAUGGAGGCGUAUGCUGAGGAUUUGAGUCCUGUUGUAUCUGGGGAAUCAGGAGACGAGGACAUUCCCCCUCCCACGGUAUCCCUGCCAAAACUGGCAGCCCUGUUGAGAGUUUUUAGCACUGUUGUGCACAGCAUCGGAGAACGGUUCAACCCUAUCAGAGGGCCUCCAAUCACAGAAGCAUAUGUCACUGAUGUUUUGAAUCGUGUUUUGGCCUGUGUCACCACAGCCAAGCAGGUGUUCUUCUCGGAGGCAGUGCUGACAGCAGGAAAUGAGUGUGUGUGUGUCCUACUGGUGAGCAUGGACUUGGCCAGCCAGCUGCAGAUUGAUGCUGUAAUCUCUUAUGGCCUAGACCAGCUGGACAGCUGUCAGUGCUGCGGACCAGAAUACAGCAUGUCCGUCCUCACCCUGCUUACUCUGAUUGUUGAUCAGAUAAACACCAAAAUCCCUGCUGCCUUUGUGGAGAAGUUGCUGGCCCCAAAUUCUCAUCUCUUGGAGCUGCGCUUUCACAGAGAAAUAAAGGUGAUGACAGCCGCACAUGGAGUGUAUCAUGCUGUGCUGAGCCUAAAGAACAUCCCUACACUGGAGGCAGCUUAUAAACUGGUCUUGGGCGAGAUGGGUUGUGCGCUGAACAGUUUGCUGAGCCCUCUGGGUUUGCCUGCUGCCUGUCCUAACAUACAACAUCCUGCCUUCAGCCAGCUGCAGUUCAGCCCAGAGAGAGCAGAGUUUAUCCUUAUCUUCAACCUCAGUGCUCUCACCACCAUUGGCAACACCAAGAACUCCCUUAUCGGGAUGUGGGCUUUGUCCCCUACUGUGUUUGCCCUGCUGAGUCAGAAUCUGGUUGUAGUUCACUCUGAUUUAGCAGUUCAUCACCCUGCCGUCCAGUAUGCAGUGCUCUACACACUCUACUCUCACUGCACCAGACAUGAUCACUUUAUCUCAAGCAGCCUGAGCUCUUCGUCUCCAUCCCUUUUCGACGGUGCUGUCAUCAGCACAGUUACCACGGCAACCAAAAGGCAUUUCAGCACACUCCUUAAUUUGCUGGGUAUGCUGCUCAGCAAGGAUCAUCUCAACCCUGAGGCGAGGCGGCUGUUACUCACCUGGUCAUUAGAGGUCUCUUUGAUGAUGAAGAAAUCUGAAACCUACUCCCCUCUGUUUUCACUCCCAUCCUUCCUCAAAUUCUGCAAGGGGUUACUGGCAAAUUCCUUGAAUGAAGACCCCACCAUAUGUCUGCAGGCAUGUAACAGUCUACAGGUUCUGUCAUCUUCCUUGACCACAGAGCUUCUCCAGAGGUGUGUGGAUGUGUGCCGAGUUCAGCUAGUCCACUCAGCAGUCCGAGUCCGGCAGGCCUUUGGGAAAUUGCUGAGAUCCAUUCCCAUGCACGUUGCAUUGAGUGCCCAUAGUCACUCUGAGAUUAAGGAGAUUUCUCUGGCCAUCCGCCGACACAUGAGCAAAGUGCCUAGCAACACAUUCCACCCACAGGACUUCUCUGACCUCAUUGGGUUUAUUCUAUAUGGAACGGUCCACCGUGGGGGUAAGGAGCCCUGGUUGGAGCGGCUGUACCACAGCUGUCAGCGUCUGGAGAAGAAAGACUCUACCAUGGUGCCUCGUGCCCUGCUGAAGACUGAGGCAGUGCUGUGGCAGUGGGCGGUGUGGGAGGCCGCUCAGUUCACCGUUCUCUCUAAACUCCGGACCCCUCUGGGACGAGCCCAGGAUACAUUCCAGACCAUAGAGGGUAUGAUCCGCAGCCUGGCGGCUCACAGUCUGAACACAGAGCAGGAGUUGAGUCAGUGGAGUGGAGGAGAAAGUGAUGAGGGUCACCACACCAAUCAGCUCCGCCUAGCUCUGCUUCUACAGUUCCUAGAAAACCUGGAGAAACUCAUGUACAAUGCUUAUGAAGGCUGUGCUAGCGCUCUCACUGCACCACCUAAGGGCAUCAGAACAUUUUUCUACACAAACAGACAGACGUGCCAGGACUGGCUAACCAGAAUUCGUUUGGCACUGAUGAGAGUGGGCCUUCUCUCAGGUCAGCCGGCAGUCACGGUCCGUCAUGGCUUUGACCUGCUCACUGAGAUAAAGAACAGCAGUGCACAGGGGCCAGAAAUGGAGGUGCCAGUCACUAUGCUGGUGGAGGCGUUGUGUGAGCUGCGAUGCCCUGAAGCCAUACAAGGUCUGGCAGCCUGGAGUCUGGCCAGCACUGGCAAGAGCCUGGGCUGGCUGGGAUCAGUGGCACUGCAGGCAGAGGGAAAGUUUGAGAAGGCAGCAUUAGAGUACCAAGAGCAGCUGUGUGCUGUCACAGGGAUGGACUGCUCCAUUAAAGGCUUUGAUCACUCUCUGUUAAAACUCACUGGCUCCAACACCUCCAGCCCAAAACACACCAGCAGUGGAGAUGGAAGGAAAACUGUGUUGUUGAAGUCCAGUGAGUGUUCUCCAGAAGUGCUCAACUUCCUGGCUAAUAAGGCCUGUGAGUGUUAUGUGGCCCUGAGUGACUGGGAGUCCAUGCAGGAGUGGCAGGCCAGCAUGAUGAACCUCAAAAAGAACAGCAGCAGUUCCAGUGUCAACCUCAAAACAGACUUUAACUACAUCAGAGCUCUGAGCGGGUUUGAGGAGGGGGAUUUCACAGAGUGCCGUACCCAGCUGGAGUUGCUCCCCGGGGAGGAUUAUGGUCUUCUCAACUCUACAACUAAGGACAAGAUUGACCUGAAGAGGCUUCUUCCUGCUGUGUUGAGCCCAGACCCGUCAGAGCUCCAGAAGGCCAUUGAGGUACAGCUUCUCAGAAGCGCUGUGGGAGCCAUCACUGCGACCAAUCACGAACAGGACCAGAAGGUUCUCGCAUCGUCUGACACCCUGGUGAAGUACCUGAAACAGACGGGUCGCAUCUCUCUGGGUCCCCUGCGUCUCUCCACUCUCACCCUAUCUGACUCCUUGCCCACCCUCAGCACCCUGCAGCUGCACUGUGCCAACUCUCUAGAGAACUCCCUCUGCAACCAGCACCCAGAGGACUGUCUAAUUCCGCUCUUCAGUGAAGCUUUGACCACCUGCAAGCAGCAGGAUGUUCAGCCGUGGCUGCAUGCUCUCCGAUACACUACUUUCCAAAGGCAGCUCUUCCAAAAACUCAAAGGUUUGUCUGCUCCAGUGGACUCUCAUCUGAUGGAGCUUUGUCUGACUGCGGUGAAAUUUGCUCGUAAGCAAGGAAAUAUUGCCCUGGCCACACAUCUGCUGAGUCUGUGCAACAAGCCAUCAGUGGGUGACUCUGAAGGUCAGGACCUGGUGCAAAGCUUCAGGCAGCUGUCACUAGAGGGCACUGUUGGGGAGAAGUGGGGACCAGAGCUGGAGAUCGAAAAGGCUAAAGUUCUGUUUGCUGCUGGUCAGUCUGUAUCUGCUAUGGAAAUGCUGAGUUCCUGUGCGCUUUCAUACUGUCACUCUGGAAAGUGUGAGCGUGCUGCCUGUCGCUCUGUGCUUACGCUUUGCAAAUGGCUUUUGGCCGACUGGAAAGAUCUGACUCCACAACUCAAAAUGGUGGUGAAGAGGAACUCUGGUUCUACCAGCCUCUCAGCUCUCUCCAUAAACAUCUCUGGUCUGUUGGAGCUGCCGCUGGAAGAUCAGGGAAUGCCACAUAUUACAACAGAGACUACAGUCAGUGUUGGUGUUGGGGAGCCAGACUUCGUCCUUGGGCAGCUGUACCAGCUCUCAACUACUCAGGCUCCUGAAGUGGCCAAAUCAUGGGCUGCUCUGGCCAGCUGGGCGUACAGAUGGGGCAGGAAGGUUGUGGACAAUGCCAGUCAAGGAGAAGGGGUUCCUUUACUCCUUGGAGAGAAGAAAGAAAUUGAGGACUUGCUCCCAGCAGGCACCAGUGAUGAGGACAAGGAAACCAUUUUUGGCAUUUUGGGUCAAGCCAUGUGUCGCCCAGCAGGAAUUCAGGUUAUGGAGUUCACAAGCAGCGAUGAUGUCAUUGUCAUGGCAACCCUCCGUCUGCUGCGCUUGCUUGUGAAGCACGCUGGGGAGUUAAGAGAGGGUCUGGAGCACGGCCUGGCAUCCACCCCCACUGCACCCUGGAGAGGUAUCAUCCCUCAGUUAUUCUCCAGACUAAAUCACCCUGAGGCUUACAUCCGCCAGAGCAUCUGCAGCCUGCUGUGUAGAGUGGCCCAAGAUUCCCCCCACCUAAUCCUCUACCCUGCCAUUGUGGGAUCUAUCUCUCUCGGCGGAGAGGCUCAGGCUGCAGGUAACAAGCUGCUGUCUUCCCUGCCAACCCUGCUUGGGAACAUGCAGGGAGAGGCUCUUUGUGGAGGUGAGAGUGAGACGGGCAGCGGGCCAACUUCUCAAGAGAGCAGCCGUGGGGAAGAGAUGGUGAUGUAUUCUAGUGAGGACCAAGCCAUGAUGCAGGACUGCUACAGCAAUAUCGUAGACAAGCUCUCUUCCGCCAACCCCACCAUGGUGCUGCAGGUGCAGAUGUUGGUGGGCGAGCUGAGAAGGGUCACUCUGCUCUGGGACGAGCUCUGGCUGGGGGUCUUGCAGCAGCAACACAUGCACGUUCUGCGCAGGAUUCAACAGCUGGAGGACGAGGUGAAAAGAGUUCAGAACAACAACACUCUGCGCAAGGAUGAGAAGGUGGCUAUUAUGAGAGAGAAGCAUUCUGCUCUGAUGAAGCCUGUGGUUUUUGCACUGGAUCACGUGCGCAGCAUCACGGCUGCUUCGGCAGAGACUCCUCACGAAGCGUGGUUUCAGGAGACAUACGGAGAGGCCAUCCACAAUGCUUUAGAGAGACUGAGGAACCCUCUUAAUCCAGCCAAUCCUGCCAGCAGCUGGGUGCCCUUCAAACAGAUCAUGCAGAGCUUGCAGCAGAGAGCACAGAAACGGGCCAGUUAUCUCCUGCUGCUUGAUGAGAUCAGCCCCCGCCUGACUGCCAUGACCAACACAGAGAUGGCGCUGCCAGGAGAGGUGUCUGCUACAGAUGCAGUCACCAUCCAGAGUGUGGGCAACACCAUCACCAUUCUGCCAACUAAAACCAAACCUAAGAAGCUCUACUUCCUAGGCUCUGAUGGCAGAAACUAUCCAUACCUAUUCAAAGGAUUGGAGGACUUGCAUUUGGAUGAGAGGAUCAUGCAGUUCUUGUCUAUUGUCAACACCAUGUUCACUAAAGUGAAUCAACAGGAGAGUCCAAGGUUUCAUGCCCGUCAUUAUUCUGUCACACCGCUGGGCACCAGAUCAGGCCUUAUCCAGUGGGUGGAUGGAGCCACUCCACUAUUUGGCCUGUACAAACGCUGGCAGCAGCGUGAGGCUGUGGUCCAAGCCCAGAAGGCACAGGACUCCUUCCAGCAACCUCAGAAUCUUCCCAUGGUUCCACGGCCCAGUGAGCUCUACUACAGUAAGAUCAGUCCUGCCUUAAAGGCUGUCGGGCUUAGUUUAGAUGUGUCGCGCCGUGACUGGCCGUUGAGUGUCAUGAGAGACGUUCUCCGAGAGUUAAUGGAGGCUACACCCCCUAACCUCUUGGCAAAGGAGCUCUGGUGCUCCUGUACCACCCCCAGUGAGUGGUGGAGUGUGACUCAGUCUUAUGCCAGAUCCACUGCUGUAAUGUCAAUGGUGGGAUACAUCAUUGGUUUGGGGGAUCGUCACCUUGACAACGUGCUGAUUGAUAUGACGACAGGCGAGGUGGUACACAUUGACUACAAUGUCUGUUUUGAGAAGGGAAAAAGCUUGAGAGUACCAGAGAAGGUUCCUUUCCGUAUGACACACAACAUUGAGACGGCUUUGGGGGUCACAGGGGUGGAGGGCAUCUUUAGACUGUCCUGUGAACAGGUGAUCCAGAUAAUGCGACGUGGAAGAGAGACCCUCUUGACUCUUUUGGAGGCGUUUGUGUAUGACCCCCUGGUGGAUUGGACAGCAGGUGGUGAGGUGGGCUUUGCAGGGGCUGUGUACGGAGGAGGUUGUCAGCAAGCAGAGAACAAGCAGAGCAAGAGAGAAAUGGAGCGAGACAUCACACGCAGCCUCUUCUCCUCCCGUGUGGCUGAGAUUAAGGUGAACUGGUUCAAGAAUCGUGAUGAGAUGAUUGGUGUGCUGCCGCAGGUGGAGGAGGAGGUUGAUGAGUACCUAAACCUGCAGGAGCAGCUCACACAGGUGGAGAAAGUACAGGGCAAGCUGCUGGAGGAGAUGGAGUUCCUGGAGGGAGCCGACACCAGAGCAGAUCAUCCCAUCCACUCCCUGGAGCACAGAUACUCCGAGCACACUCAGUUGCAGUCCAGGCAGAGGACUGUACAGGAUGCCAUUCAGGGGAAGUUGUCAGAUCUGGAUCAGUGCAUCUCUCAGUAUCAAGCUGCCUUUUCCAGUCUAGAGGCCACCCAGCUUGCCAGCCUCCUCCAGGAGAUCAGCAGCCCUAUUGAUUUAGGUCCACCCAGCUAUGUGCCAGCAACAUCUUUCUUGCAGAAUGCAGGCCAAGCACAUCUUAUUAGCCAGUGUGAGGCGCUGGAGGCGGAGGUGAGCGCUCUGUUACAGCAGCGGCGCUCUCAGCUGUGUGGCUGUCUCGAGCACCUGCACAGCUAUGCCACCGUGGCCUUGCUGUAUCCCCGUGCGGUGCUGCUCAGGCACAGAGUUCACACGUGGAAACAGUGGAUGGAGGAGCUGGUUUGUGACAUGACUGUCGAUCACUGCCAGACUGUCUAUCACCAGUAUGAAAUGCAGUUUGCACCCCACACCCCUCCUGCCACAUGUCAGUUCCUGUCUAGCAUCGAGAUGGCGCUGCAGCACCACGCAGCAGAAACCAACACUCGACUGAUGCGGCAGGUAGAGCGUCUGAAGGCAGAGGGCGCCGGUGUGCCCGUUUGUGAGGAGCAGCUGCAGGAGAUAGAGCGCUGUAUCAAAGUCUUCCUGCACGAGGAUGCUGAGCUCGGGUCCUUCAGUCUAGCCGGCAUCAUCGUCUCUGCCCUCUGUGCCCUCAUCAGGCGUAACCUGGUGAUGGAGGGAGCUGCAGCCAGUGCCGGAGAGCAGCUGGUGGAGCUGACGUCUCGUGAUGGUGCCUGGUUCCUGGAAGAGCUCUGCAGUAUGAGUGGAAACAUCACAUGUCUUGUGCAACUUUUGCAGCAGUGCCAGCUUCUGUCACAUGACCUGGAUAUCCUCAGUCUUGCCGAGACUUUGCAAGUUGUCUACCUGGCCAAUGGUGUCUACACCUGCCUUCAGGAGCUCAACACAAACUUCCGUCAGAUCAUCUUCCCAGAGGCUCUGCGCUGCAUGCUGAAGGGAGAAAAUACAUUAGAGACCAUGCUAGCGGAGCUCGAUGCGCUUAUCGAUCAGUGCGCAGAUGGGGUUUCGCUGCAGGGACUGGGGGAGGUUCUGCAAGCUCACCUUCGUAACACCGCCAUGGGCCUGGAGGAGGAUCCAGAUGACCACUAUCUGGAUAUCACCAGGGAUUUACGGGCCCAGUACUCAGAACUGAUCCAGCCACGCAGCAUGGAGAGCUCCGUGCAGGAAACGCCCAAGAUGAGUGCCGGUCAGAUGUUGUUGGUAGCUUUUGAUGGCAUGUUUGCACAGCUGGAGACUGCUUUUGGACUUCUGAUUGACAAGCUGAACUCUAUGGAUGUGCCUGCUGCCUGGAGAAAGGUGGAUGUGAUUCGGGAGUCCAGAGCUACGCAGGUCCAUUUCUUUGAUAAUGUGCAGACCAGGCAGGUCUUGGAUGAGAUUUUCUUCCUGAAGAGACUCCAGACCAUCCGAGACUUCUUCCGUUUGUGCGGAUCAUUUGCACAGACGCUAUCUGGAACGUGUCCUACACCCACUGAUGAGCCUCUACCCUCUAAUGGCCCAGUACCCAUAGUGAAACCCAUGUACCGAGGCUCCACUGUAGUGAGCGAGGACCAGAUGAUGCGGCCCAUCAAAGCCUUCACGGCAGACUUUGUGAGGCAGAUGCUAAUGGGGCUCCCCACCCAGGCUCUGGGCCUAGCCAUUUGCAGUGCUCUCAGUGCCCUCGGCAUGGAUCUCAUAGCCCAGGUGGAGGCCAAGGACUUUGGCGCUGAGGGGAAAGUGUCUAUGGAUGAUCUGUGCAAGAAAGCAGUAGAGCAAGGGGUGCAGGCAGGACGGAUAUCCCAGCUGCUGCUCAAUAGGGCCACAGUGCUGGCCAGCUCCUACGACACAGCCUGGAAAAAACUGGACCUGGUACGACGUCUAGAAGUCAGCAUUGAAGCUUAUAAGGUCAGCCUGCAGAGGACUCAGCUUCACAUCACUAUGUUCCAGUGGCAGCAUGAGGACAUUCUCGGUGCGAGGACGCAGCCCAUGACCGUCAGUCCCCCGCCUCGUUCCAUCAUCCUCAGCAACAUGAAGAAGAAGCUCUACAAACUCAGUCAGGAUGAAGCUUCUAUUGGCAGCGUUCAGGAGAAGUUGGCAGGUCUAGAGGGCAGCAUAGAGCAGAGGCUGAAGUGGGCCGGUGGUGCAAACCCUGCACUCGCCCCAGUGCUGCAGGACUUUGAGGCCACUAUAGCAGAACGCCGUGCCCUGGUUUUGAAGGAGAGUCAGCGUGCCAACCAGGUUACUUUUCUCUGCAGCACCAUUCUCAACUUCGAAGGUCUGCGUACCCGCACUCCAGAAGCCUUGAACAUGGAUGCCACACUUUUUGAACUUGUGAAACGGUGUCAGACAACCUGUUCCUAUGCUGCCCAGUUCAGCACCUCCGUUUCCUCUCUGGAACUUCAGCUGCUGCUUAGACUGAGUCCUGCCAUGGAUCUGUCCAUUGGUGGGCCUGAGUGGCUUGUGUACGCACAGAAUCACCUCACCCAGGAGAUGUCCAGUCAGAGAGCCAUGCAGGAGGAAAGAGAGCAGCAGCUGGAGAGAGUGACCGAAACCCUUCAGCUGCUGGUGGACUCCAUUAAAGGCAUCCUGUCCAAUCACAACCGCCAACUUGCUGAUGUUAAGCACCUCCUGCGUGCCAUGGCAAAGGAUGAGGAAAAUGCCCUUGCAGAGGGAGAGGAAGUGACUUAUGAGGGCAGCGUGCGUCAGUUCCUGUCAGAAUACAAGGCAUGGCAGGAUAAUGUGCAGAUAGUACUUUUCACGGCAGUGCAAGCUACAGGUCAACCACGCAGCCAGGAGCAGGUUGAGCUGCUGCAGGAGAUCCCUGCCACCCUGAAGGAGCUAAAGGUUCAGAGCCAGAGCAUCUACAAUGGCUUGGUGAGCUUCAUGUCCCAGAAUGCCCGCAAAGCACUUCCUCGAAACUUUGGGACCCCAGUGGACACUCCCCCCAGCACUCUGAUGAUCAACAGUAAAGGACUGGCCCCAAGCCCCAAAAGAGCCGUGCGGGAUCCCAAAACUGGGAGAGCCGUGCAAGAGAGGAAUUCCUAUGCUGUUAGUGUGUGGAAGAGGGUGAAGGCCAAACUGGAAGGGAGAGAUCUGGACCCUAACAGGAGAAUGAGCGUCACUGAGCAGGUGGAUUAUGUCAUCAAGGAGGCGACAAACUUGGACAACCUGGCACAGUUGUACGAGGGAUGGACAGCAUGGGUGUGAACGGGAUCCUUGUAGAUCACUUUGGUCCAGCGAGGGUAGAAAUCCACUGGGUCUGGGGCAAUGGAGCCACAGAGCACCAUGCAGGAAAGGGGGGGGGUGUAGAGAGCCUCCCUCUGGCCCACACCGGAUCCCCGUAGCACAGCUACACCCGGCGAUCCAGCUAACACAAUGAAAUGGGUCUGCAUCUGUCUCCCCAAGAUGUGUGGGGAGCUCACCAAGAUGGGGAGGCGGGGUGGGGUGGACAAGGCACAUGCGGCUUGAACUACCCCCCCAACCAACCCCUGUAUCAACACCAACAAAUAAACGUCUGUCAACUAUCAAAACUAAUAGGAUUUGCCACAGGGAAAAUUUGCAGGAGUUUAUCCACUCUUAGAGCAAAGGUCUGCGGUAAUUAGCGAGUUUCUAGACUGCAUUUGUGCGAGAGUGGAGGGAAAGGGUGAUCCGGUCUUGGAGGGAUCCUAUGGCCUCUGUUUUUGAAUGGCUCUGGGUCAGGCACGACUUGCGGCUGGGUUGUCUCCUGCUGGAGCGGGUGUGGAGGGCUGUGUGACCAGAAGGCUCAAAGGACUCCAUUUGAAGCCAGAAGGCCUUUGGCAGACCUUAGAGUUCGUUCUUAACCACAAAAAAGACCUUUUCCCUUCAAGUAUAUAUAGAAAACGCUGCAAAAUGAACUUUUUACACCUUCACCAAUGUACUGCACAGAUUUCACAAUUAAAAGGCAAAUCGCAAAGUGGCUUUGGGAACAUUCACUGUCACGUGUUUCUGAAUGUUUGGCACAAUGAAUGAUGUGCUUGGAGUUGGUAAGUGCUCAGUCUCUGAUUUGAUCGUUGAGUUCGUUGCUUUUUUUCUUAGUAUGCAUCUCUGAUCUUGUUUGUGUAUUGUAGAUUCUUUCUCCCUUUCCUUCUUUGCUAUGGAUUUAGUCUAGAUUGCUCCUUUUUUUGACUUGCCUGUGGAAGUGUAUCAUCGCUGAUGCAUGUCCCCAUUAAAGCUUGCGUUUUACUGAUCUUGACCUAGUUUUACAUUUUUAGUGGGAGAAAUAAGUAAAGGAAUAGUGAUGUGGUGAUGGUUACAAUAUUGUUGUCUCUUAAUGGUUUUACUCCACUUUGUUGGUCAAAUAAAACUCUAAUUAAA